AACCUCUUCCGGCUAAGAAACAUGGCGGCACCCAUGGUCCCGACUACAUUUGGGAGAGGGACCGUACGGCACUUCCGUUCGGGUACAGCUAUUUCACCAGCGGGCGCCGCGCGGGCUUCGGGGAUGGGGUCCCGCGGCCUGGCGCGGCUGCACGGGCUCUUCGCAGUCUACAAGCCCCCGGGGCUGAAAUGGAAGCACGUGCGGGACACCGUGGAGCUGCAGCUUCUGAAGGGUGUCAAUGCUGGGAAGGCUCCCGCUCCUGAGCAGCGUGUUCGUUUCCUGCUGGGCCCCGUGGGGGACGGUGAAGAGAAGGCGCUUACUCUCACCGCCACCAGUGUGCCCACCCUCACCAACCAUCCGCUGGUCUGUGGACCAGCAUGCACCAGCCUGAAGAUUGGCGUGGGACACCGGCUGGAUGCCCAAGCAUCUGGGGUGCUUGUGCUCGGCGUGGGACAUGGACGCAGGCUUCUCACCAGCAUGUACAACGCUCACCUCACCAAGGAUUACACAGUACGGGGCCUCCUGGGCAAAGCCACAGAUGACUUCGGUGACGAGGGGCGGCUGGUGGAGAAGUCCACAUAUGAUCAUGUGACCAGAGAGAAGCUGGACCGAAUCCUGGCCCUGAUCCAGGGUUCCCAUCAGAAGGCCCUGGUGAUGUACUCCAACCUGGACUUGCAGACCCAGGAGGCCUAUGAGAUGGCUGUGAGAGGCUUGAUCCGGCCCAUGAACAAGUCCCCAAUGCUGGUAACGGCCAUCCAGUGCAUCCACUUUGCGCCUCCGGAAUUCCUCAUACAGGUGCAGUGCAUGCAUGAGACACAGAAGCAGCUGAGAAGGCUGGUACAUGAGAUCGGCCUGGAGCUGAAGACCACCGCCGUCUGCUCCCAAGUGCGGCGCACACGGGAUGGCUUUUUCACCCUAGACGAUGCCCUCCUGAGGACCCAUUGGGACUUACAUAGCAUUGAGGAUGCCAUCCAGGCUGCAGCUCCCCGGGUGGCUGCAGAGCUGGAGAGGAGCUUGGGGCCAGAGCUGGGCACCCAGCAGCUUCAGGAUCCUGGCAGGCCCUGGGACUCUAGGGGGCCAAGCUCUGCCUUGGGGCUGGAAAGCAGUGCUGGGCAUUGACAGACCCCGUGGCUGGCAGGACAGUGGAUGGAUAAGAAUUGUUCAUGAGCUGGAACAGCUUACUGUGGAAUACAAGAGUAAGGGAAGCUUUUCUACAUGUGACAUAAAAUUCUGAAACUAUACGAAAGAAGAUCAACAGACUUGACCCCACGGAAAAGGAAAAACUUUUCCUAUGGAGGAACAGGUGAUAAGUGAUAA